AAAAAAAGGUACCGGUUAACGGUGGGUUGGGCUUUUCUUCCUCCUUUUUACUCUAUAAAUACUGUUACCGCUACCAAAGCUUCUCAUUUACAACUUUCUCUACGUCCAGAAAGUGAAGGGUGUAGUUAGCAACAUCAUGAGGUCACAACAGGCUGCGCCUGCCACAAUGAAACUUGCAAACUGGUACUGCACACAUGUCCUGUUGUUGGCCGUCUCAUUUACUUGGGCUCUCCAUGAGAUACCUGCCCCAACAUAUCAGCACUGGGAUCCGGUAACAUCUCACUUUUCUACCUGUGACCAGUGCCCUCCUGGUACUUUUGUUCAACAUCACUGCAAUGCAAAUAGAAAGACCGUGUGCUCACCCUGUCCAGCACAUCACUAUUCAGAGAACUGGCACUGGGAUGAAAAGUGCCAGUACUGCACUGUGGUGUGCAAGGAGAAGCAGAACUUUCAACAUGAGUGCAACAGUACACACAACCGGCUCUGCAAAUGCAUUGAGGGCUAUCAUCUUGAAAUUGAAUUCUGUAUAAAACAUAGUUCCUGUCGCUCUGGAUAUGGCGUAAAGAAGCUGGGUACAUCAGAAGAUGACACUGUUUGUGAGAGGUGCCCCGGGGGCUAUUACUCAAAUGAACUUUCAGCUACAAAACCCUGCAUUAAACACACAAACUGUGCUGAACUGGGGUUGAGAACAUCUUCUCCAGGAACUGCGACACAUGAUGCAGUGUGUGAUACGAAUGAGAAAGGCUCCUCAUCUCAGUGCUUUCAUAAUCAGCUUGAAUGCUAUACAGAUAUUACACUCUGUGAGGAGGCCGUGUUCCAGUUUAUAGCCUCUCAAGGUUUACCCGCUUAUCAGCUGGAUAUGUUAAUGGACAGUUUGCCAGGUCAGAAAGUGGAUGGCAGAAAUAUAGAAAUAGUCAAAAAGAUGUGCAACCCCAAGCAACAGACAAUUCAUCUGUUAAAACUGUGGAUGCACCAAAACAAAGACCAGGACAAAAUCUACAGCAUUUAUCAAGACAUGAAUCAAUGUGAAAGAGUUGUUUCUAGGUGCCCAGGCUUUAAGAACUUGACAUUGGACCAUUUUAAUAUAGUGAAGGAAAGUUUGCCAGGGAACAAGGUGAAGGAAGAGGAUAUCAGAUGGAUUGUGAAAACCUGUGAUCCCAAGCAGUAUAUUCCCCAGCUCCUGAGUCUGUGGAAGGCACAGAAUGCAGACCAAGAUACUGCAAAUGUGCUUUCUCAAAGCGUUAAGAAACUCAGAUCCCAGAAAGUGCCGAAAAAGCUUCUGCAAAGCCUUAGGAGAAUUGUGAAAAUUUUCAACAACUCUGCAAUACACAGAAUUUACCAGAAAAUGUUUUUGGAAAUUAUUCAGGGGAGUAAGUGUUUAAAAGCCAAAUCCUUUAACGAAUAGACACCGGAGCUUCAUUUUUCUUAAAACUUCUCGCUAGUUAUCUCUUUAUUUCUUAUGGGUGUUUUUUAAUAGCCACUAGGCAGCUCCCAUGGUAAUGCAUUAUCCUAUGUGAUUCAUUUUUAUAGAAGAGCCGAUGCAUAUUGCUAGCUUCCGGGAGAGUUUAGAGUAAAUGGACCCUUACUCUGCCUGCUCCUAAUCCUUCUAAUGUCAGGUCAUUUUUAUCCCUAAACUUUCUUUUUGAAAGUGAUCAUAAAAUCUUCAUACUACCAUAUCCAAACACAAGGUUACGCUCACUGAUGUCAUAGAAACAUACAGUUGCUUCCAUUACAUUUCUACAUGAUUAUUGCAUCAACCCUGUUUACGAGCAUUUUUGACUGAAUUUGGCAGCUAUUAACAUAGUCAGAAUCCACACAGCGUACACCAGUGUCCUUUACAUGGGUAUAUCUUGAGUGUUUUGAAGUUAAGAACUUGUCCUCUCUUAAAAGUCUUUUGAUGUUUACUUAUUCCCAGCAGUACAUUUAUAGUCUGUUUUAUUGUUAAGCUUCAUUUGAUAUUUGUACAAAAAUGAUUAUUUGCCAACCUACGCCUAAAGCCCACAUUUGUGACUUAUGUUGUUCAUUCAAAGUAGAAUGUAGAGUGUUUUUUAUGGUGUUGUGUAGCAUUAAACUUUUUAAUAUGGA